AUGUUCCGCUCUGCCGUCAUCCGAUCGCUGAGGACGUCCGUUCCUCGCGUUGCCCGAGUUGCCUCGCCUGUCUCUCGCCAGGCCCCAGUCGCCGCCAGCAUUGCCAGACAAGCUCAAUUCGUUCCCAGAUUUGCCUACCAGGCCAUAAGACAGUACUCUGCCCCAGCCGGCCUCAGCGAGCAGGAAGUCCAGGGUAGAAUAAUUGACCUGUUGAAGAACUUUGAUAAUAUCAACGUCGAGUCGCACUUCCAAAAUGAUCUUGGAUUGGACAGUUUGGACGCCGUUGAGGUUGUGAUGGCCAUUGAAGAGGAAUUCAGCAUUGAGAUUCCAGACCUGGAAGCUGAGAAGAUCCACAGUGGUAUGUUAUUCUUGACCUUGGGCCGGACGAAGGCAGCACUGGCUUCUAAUUCUGCCGCCCACUCAUUUACUGACUAA